AUGAGUGGAGAAUUUGAUUUUCGAGCAUUGUUGCUCAAAAUACAGGAUCUUCUAUCUGACAAUGAUCGACAUCGUUUUCUUUUUCUUCUUGGCGAAGAUGUUCCCAGAUAUUUGCGUGAUGAUCCUUCACUUAGUGGAACGCUUCGUGUACUGGAAUCUCUUUUGGAAAAGGCAAUAAUCAGCGAUCAAGAUUGUGAUUAUCUUAUUAAAGUAUUCAAGAAAAUACAUUGUAAUGAUGCUGCAAAACGACUUCAAGAAUAUCAGCUAGCAUUGGAACAUUUUAGUCAACGAAGUUGUUCACUUCAAGAUAUUCUUUUAUUCGACAAUGACGAUGAGGAUAACAUGCCUUCGCCUAUUUAUCCAUUACGUGGAAGCUCCAUUAACAUUCAUCCGAAUGCUCGAUGGCAACAGAAUGGCCUCACUGUGGCUGGAGACAAUAGACAAGGCAAUGGAAUCAAUCAACUCUCUAACCCAUUUGGUUUGUAUGUAGAUGAUGAUCAAACAAUAUAUGUUGCUGAUCGAUGGAAUCACCGUGUUGUAGAAUGGAAACGGGGUGCGACGAGUGGUCAAGUGGUUGCCGGUGGAAAUGGAGAAGGAAGUGGUGCUCAUCAGUUAUCUGAACCAUUAGAUGUGAUUGUCGACAAACAGACAGAUAGUCUUAUCAUCUGCGAUCGUUCGAAUACUAGAGUGGUUCGAUGGUCUCGUCGAAAUAGAACAAGCGGAGAAACAAUCAUCUCCAACAUCUAUUGUGUGGGUUUGGCAAUGGACGAGAAUGGAUCUCUCUAUGUCGUUGACUAUCGAAGAGCUGAAGUGAGACUAUAUCGAAGAGGAGAAUCUCAAGGAAUAGUGAUUGCAGGUGGCAAUGAAAGUGGAAAUCGUCUCGAUCAACUCUCUAUUCCACAAUAUGUAUUCGUCGAUCGAAACCAUUCAGUGUACGUAACUGAUUGGAGAAAUCAUCGUGUGAUGAAAUGGAUGAAAGGUGCAAAACAAGGCACUGUCGUAGCUGGUGGUAAAGGAGAAGAAAAUGGUCUUAUACAAUUGUCAGAUCCUCAAGGAGUCAUUGUCGAUCAAUUGGGCACUAUCUAUGUGGCUGAUGACGGGAAUGAUCGAAUCACGCGUUGGCCCAAAGGAGCCACAAAGGGAAGUGUCAUUAUUGGUGGAAACGGUAGAGGAGGACAAUCGAACCAACUCAAUGGGCCUGUCGGUUUGUCAUUCGAUCAACACGGCAAUCUCUAUGUCGUCGAUAGCGGAAAUCAUCGAGUACAAAAAUUCAAUAUCGAUUCCAGUCAAUAA